AUGGAUUUGAACAGUCUCCGGCAGACCGUCACCAACCUGACACUUUACGAUGUCAAGGCCGGUGUGCGCAAGGUCCAGAAUGCCGUCAUGAACUUCACCGAGAUGGAGGCCAAGGUGCGCGAGGCCACAAAUAACGAACCUUGGGGCGCAUCCUCGACUCAGAUGCAGGAGAUUGCGGAUGGCACUUUCAACUACCAAACCCUGAACGAGAUUAUGCCCAUGAUCUAUCGCCGCUUUACCGAAAAGUCCGCCGAAGAGUGGCGCCAGAUCUACAAGGCCCUCCAACUUCUCGAGUACCUGAUCAAGCACGGCUCCGAACGCGUUAUCGACGAUGCUCGCUCCCACAUUACUCUGCUCAAAAUGCUUCGCCAGUUUCACUUCAUUGACCAAAACGGCAAAGACCAGGGUGUUAACGUUCGCCAUCGCGCCAAGGAACUUGCUGAGCUUCUUGGGGAUGUUGACAGGAUCCGGUCGGAGCGCAAGAAGGCACGUGCGAUCAAGGGCAAGUUUGUAGGCAUGCAGGGUGGCUCUGGAAUGGGAAGCAGCAGUCGAUAUGGUGGCUUUGGGAGCAACUCGGACGGGUACAGUGGGGGCGGCGGUGGUGGCAGCAGCUCGACUUAUGGUGGUGAUGCUGGAGGUGUGUACGGGGACGGUGGAGGCUUCGGCGGACAACAAAGCAGCGAUUUUGGUCGAACACAAGCACGCGGGGAACAGUUUGAGGAGUACGACGAGUUUGAUGGGGAUGAACGGCCAGCUGGUGGUGCUUCGUCUUCAAGCGCCCCAAGGGUGAAGCGAGACACAUCCGAAAGAGCCGGUGUUAAGAAGACCACUGAACCGGCGAAGAAGAAGGCCCCUGAGGUCGAUCUGUUUUCGUUCGACGAGCCCGCGACAACCUCUACCCCUCCCCUGACUGAUGCCCCGGCUGCUUCGAGCGCUGCACUCACCAAUGAUGACGACGACGACUUCGACGAUUUCCAAUCGGCAGCGCCGGCUGUUGCUGCUGCCCCUGCGACCCAGUUCGCCGCUCCCCAGCCUGUCUCUGCCCCCCAACAAGCCAACCUGAGCGGCAUGGUCGCCAUGUCGUCUAUCUCUCCGCCGCCAAGCUCAACCGCCACGCCCUCCGGCAACUUUUCGGCCUUCUCAACGCCUUUGUCUGCGACUACUCUCUCUCCUGCUGCGAAGCCAGCAGGGUUCCAAGCCUCUACACCAAACUACUUUUCUUCGGUUCAGGCGGCAUCUCCAGCAGCACCUGUGGCAAAGCCUGCUGCUGCCCCUGCCUCCUUCGGCGGGCUGAAGCCAGUCACCAGUGGUUCCAAGCCAGCAGCACCCGCAGCUGGAGGUGACGCUUUCGGUUCUCUCUGGUCUCAAGCCAGUGUAGGCCUCAAGAAGAGUACCCCCACUGGGCCUGGGCCGACAAUUGGACAGCUAGCGAAGGAGAAGAGCAGUGCUGGCAUCUGGGGUGCGGCCAGCUCUUCUUCUCCCGCUGCUGCUAAGCCUGCGGGUAGCAAGCCGCUUGGCAAUGGUCUUGAUGAUUUGCUGGGCUGA